CUCGCAGGCGGCGGCCGCUGCUGCUGCCGGGCAGGGAGUGAGAGUGUGGGGCCGCUCUUCCUCUCCGCCGCGCCAGGCUAGGCCUCAGCCGUCCUCGCGCCGCCGCGGAAGAUGCUGCCUCUAUCCAUCAAGGACGAUGAGUACAAGCCGCCCAAGUUUAAUCUGCUCCACAAGAUCUCGGGGUGGUUCAGGUCCAUCUUAUCGGACAAGACAUCCCGAAAUCUCUUCUUUUUCCUUUGCCUCAACCUCUCCUUCGCCUUCGUGGAGCUGCUGUAUGGCAUUUGGAGCAACAGUUUAGGUCUAAUAUCGGAUUCAUUCCACAUGUUUUUUGACUGCACCGCUUUGUUAGCUGGACUUGCAGCUUCUGUCAUUUCAAAGUGGAGGUCAAAUGAUGCAUUUUCCUAUGGAUAUGUUCGAGCAGAAGUACUAGCUGGUUUUGUAAAUGGUCUGUUUCUGAUCUUCACAGCUUUCUUCAUUUUCUCUGAAGGUGUUGAGCGAGCCCUUGAGCCUCCUGAUGUGCAUCAUGAGAGACUUCUUCCUGUUUCUAUACUUGGCUUCAUUGUAAACCUUAUAGGAAUUUUUGUGUUUCAACAUGGCGGACAUGGCCACUCCCAUGGUUCUGGACAUGAACAUAGCCAUUCGCUGUUUAAUGGGGCUCUGAGCCACGGGCACAGUCAUGGAGGGCAUGGCCACAGUCAUGAUUCCAAGCAUGGUCAUGGACACGAGCAUUCUCAUGAUCACAGUCACGGGCAUGGAGUGAGUCCAGGUUACUGCCAUGAUGAUCAUCCCACUGAAAUGACUGGAGCAUCUAGCAAACAGAUUUUAGAAGGUGUAUUUUUGCACAUAGUUGCUGACACACUUGGAAGUAUUGGUGUAAUCAUAUCUGCACUACUUAUGCAGAACUAUGGUUUAAUGAUAGCUGAUCCUAUCUGUUCGAUGCUGAUAGCCCUACUUAUAGGAAUCAGUGUUGUUCCACUUCUAAGAGAGUCCAUUGGCAUUUUGAUGCAGCGAACUCCUCCUUCGCUGGAAAGUGCUCUGCCUCAGUGCUAUCAAAGGGUUCAGCAAUUGCAAGGCGUUUACAGUUUACAUGAUCCUCAUUUCUGGACCCUGUGUACUGAUGUUUACAUAGGGACUUUGAAACUAUUUGUAGCUCCAGAUGCUGAUGCAAAGUGGAUCCUAAGCCAAACUCACAACAUCUUUACUCAGGCUGGAGUGAGACAGUUAUAUGUACAGAUUGACUUUGCCGCUAUGUAGCAAAGAUCUUGAUUUCUGUGGACCAAAGUUUUCUAGUACUGUUAAGAUUUUAAGACAUUGCCCUUCCUUUGGAACAGGGACCCUUCUUUCCUACAGUUCUCCAAAAUGGAACAGACUCUGCUGCCUUUUUGGCUAGAUUAAGAAUGAAAAUUACAAGGGCACCAACCUGGACUCCUUGGGAUUGACAUUUGUUUGCCCUGAACCCAUGUGGAUUAUUUGCCAAGUUUGUUUAUGCAGCAAACUUAAUAAUAAUGUGGUAUUACAAUCAUUGGUUAUGCUUUUUGUGAAGCUGCUGAAGCUACUGCUCAUUCCCAUGAAGCCAGUGUUUUUGCGGGGAGGGUGGAUAAAAUGAAAUUAAUUUUGUUCAUAAUGUCACAGUGGCUGACAUUCUGCAACGUUACUAUAUGUAAGACUGUUUGCACUUUGCAAACUUAAUGAACCAAACCAUAUUGGGUUUUCAGAGUGCCUUUAUAUCACAGUAUCUGCCAGCACAGAUAUGGAACAUUGGGGAUUUUAUUAAUUUUUAUGGCUACUACUUGUACCUAGUAGAGUUCUUGCUUGUGAUUGAUGUGAUUUAUGUAUAAUUGCAUAAUGGUAGAUGUUGGACUCCCACUUAGUGUUACAUUUUAAACUUCCUUGGAGGUGACUCUUCAAUUUAUCAAUACAAAGGUAAAAUGAUUACCCAAAGCUUGUUUACAAAUUUUUUUAUUACCAUGAAGUAAGUCUAGGUUGAUAGUACCUCACCAUUCUGACAGUAAUGAGAGAUUACUCUGUGGCAAUUGUGCUAAAGGAAAACCUGCAGGAAUAUGAUGCUACAAUUUGAUGCCUUCUAUAUUUCUUCUUUUAUAUGCAAACCUUUCACAAGUUUUGCAGUGAAGAUUAGUAGUUAAUAUUUUUAUGAAGCAUUCAAAAGGAAGGAUGCUUUGCAUCCUAGCUUUAUCAGCUAAUCUGGAAGUGUUGUCUGGUAGAUAUGCUUUAACUGGGGAAUGAAGAUUUUUUUAAUAUACUAGCCAACAGAUAAUCUGAAUUUUGUUUCAGAUUCUAUUUUCAUUUAAAUAAUAUUAACAUGCUCUUAGUCUUGGUAUCUUAUAUCAAAUAAGAACACUCAACCAGAAAUACCACCUGUACAACCUGUAUCUGCAAUAAAACCAAUACAUUUCAUUUUCACAUUAUACAGCAUAAUUGGUUUUGUUGAGUCUUGCCCCUCAUUUGAGGUUUGCAAAAGUAGCCACAGAUUUUGCAGCAAAUAUAGCACUUAAUUACCAGGGCAAAUCUUUUAGUGAGCUGUGUUUGGUUCAGUCAACAUAGGCUUUAAUUUAUCAUAUUUUAUUUAGUGUUAGUUGAGGGUCUUCUUUAGGUUUCACAAGAGCACUGUGACCAAUACAUUUUUGUGGGUUUAUCCUACCAUGCUCAUGUAACAUUUAAAGAGCUGCUAGGUAAUGCGUAAAGGGCACCUCAGACAAAACGUCUCCACCUGUUUCUAACAUUGGACUGGAGCUGUCCAGAAGUAGGUUGUGUCAUAAGAAGGAAGUCUUGUUUUUGCCAAUUGGAAAAGCUGAUUACUCAUCUGUCAAAUUAAUGGAGAUCACUCACCUCAAGUCCAUUUGUUCAAAGCUGUGUGAUGUAAUUGAAAGAAGGUUGCAUUAAAAAAGGUUGUUGCUAAGUGAUGGUCAGAAAUUAUUUUCCUAACAUAUAUAAUAGUUAACUUGAUUUAUUCAUUGAUCAAAUGAUUGUGCGAGGCAUUCAAAAAGCCUAAGCUGGAAUUGAACUUUAUGCUGAGAAGAGCUCCCAUGUGGUACUUUUUUAAUGGCAGUAAGCACUCUCAUAAAUUUAUUUAACUUAUUUGUCCUUUCAUAAUAUAUUACUGGCUGCUUAAUUUCUAGUCUGUGCUUUGUUUUGCAUGCUGUUUAGAUUAGAAAAAUGGCUUUUACAGUAAUGGAUCUGAGUUGCAUUCCUUUCCACAAAACAUUACUAUUUUACUUCAGGAAGAUUCUUAUAAUGUGUAAAACACAGUAUAGUAACUGACCAUCUGGUCCUACAGAAAAUGCUUGUGCUGUUUCUUGCACACUAUAGUAAAUGCAUCUUUCCAAUAUAGAGAUACUACUCAUCUCUGAGUAGAUGAAUGUGAAGUGCCAUUGACUUAAUAUCUGACCUUUAUGUUUUUUAAUUGCUACUUAAAAGAAUUCCUUUUUCAUGUGAAUUGCUCAUGUCUCAGAACUUUGCUUAUACUAUGAGAUGGAGGUUUUAAUGACAUCUCUUAACACAUGCCGAAACACUGUGUGUGGUUGAACACAAAACUGAAAAUUGCUUAACCUUUUUACUAGUGUUAAUUUAUUUAAGAGCUUUUUGCAAGAUGUCUUUUUACUGUUGCUAAUUUUUCUCAAGCAUCAAGUACUAAAUCAUGUUAAAUCAUACUUUGCCAAAUAUGUGGCUUUAAAAUUUGCUUUAUUUAAAUUUGGAGGCCUCGGUUAAAUUAGUGCAUUGCUUUUAUACAAUGCUAAGAUUCUAGUGCAGAAAGGAACUUGCCCAGUAAACAAAUGUCCUUAUUUGUCUACAGUCACAUUGCAAGGUCUUCAAUUUAGGGAAUAAAAGUUAUUACAGUAGGAGUUUAGUGUAUGCUGUGAUAGAAUACUGUAUUUUUAUCCUUUGCGUUCAAAGGUUGGUGUGCUAUACUGAGUCAUAGGGUGGGCCUAAUUUUUGAAUCAUAUUCUGCUGUACAAGAGACUGCACUGUACAGAGUUGCUACAGAUUACAACCACCACCUCUGUAGUGCUCUCAGUCCAGAAAUUUUUGCAGUAUAAGGACAUUUUUAAAGACAAAAACAUCCAAUCACAUUGAGAUACUGGAAGUCUUAAUUAGAAAAUAAAACACUGGUGUAAUUGCCUGGUCUAAAGUUUUAGACUCGUUUUAAAGGAUUAAAACUGAAGUAUGUAUGCUAACUACACUUUGCUAAGUAAAUGGUUUUGGGAUAGAUACAAGGAAACAGAAGUUGCCAGUUGAGCUGGAUUGGGAUGUAGCACAAAUGAAAUCAGUAGUCAUGUUUUUAAAGAGAAAUAGUGGGGUUGCUCCUUCCUUUCAGUAGGGUUGGUUUUGGAUGCCCUGUCCAGUUCUGAUCAGGUUCUUUCAUUUAGCUAAGAAUGUUCUGUAGCUUUCUAAAUAGACCAUUUGCUUCAAUCUUCAACUAAUCAUAUUCCUACAAUUCCACCUGCUGUUUCUUUCCCUUACCUGAUCUUCCACUUUCUAACAGUUGCUUUUCACUCAAAAGCAUCGAUUGCUGAAAUGUUGCUAUGGAGCUCUGUGGAAAUGCGUAGAGCACAUGCCAAAUACUUGGUUUUUAAAAUGAUUUAACAUAAUUUUACUGCUGACCACCUCAACUGAUAUUUCUUACAUGAAAUCAGUUCUGUGCUUGAAUGCUUAAUAGAAAUAGUGCUUACAUAUUUCACACUCCAGAGGUAUAUUAUGAGGGUAUGGUUAUGUUACUGCCAAAAUUUAAUUAGAAAUUUUAGAUUGGAGUAACUUGCCUGUGAAAUCCUGAGUUGGACAGUACUGUGGCAACUCUGCUUCCUAAGCUGAAUAUUAAGUGGGAUGUUAUCAGUCAGCCUUUUAUUCUAUUGCUAAUUGCAUGAUGCAUUUGGUGCAGCUACAGAACUUUGUUUUGGUAAAUCCAGACAAGUGACAACAGAUAACUGAUGUCUGUAUCCUGAAAUUGGCUUGGGAAUGCUAAAGUUGGUAGCCAGAUUAACUUUCUCUAAGUGCAAUAUUGGACAUUCUAAUGCAUCUUUUUUCUACUUGAAUAGUCUCUAUAAAAUAUUUAAACAGCAAAUAUGUUUGAGACAGUAUAUGGGAUCAAUUUUCCUAUCAAUAAACUUUUCUCUUUUUUUA